AUGUCUACCAGGGUUCAGCGUAAACUCGAGUUCCCUGUGCGAAAGUCAACAAGAUCACAGUCAAAAAAGGAGGUGAUUCCAUCCCCAAGCCCAUCAUUAGCUUCACCUCAGCGACCCAGACAGAGACAAUCUGUUAAACCAAAGUUGGAAUCUCCUAGAAAAAGAAUUGGCAGUGAGGAUGAUGAAGAAAACCUACAACCGACUGGAAUUUCUCCAAGCAAAAUGCGAAAAGAAAAUCGCCCUACACCACGCAAAGGUGAAACACCCAUAUUGGGAAAGUCAAAGACAAAACUAGCCUAUGGAGACCAAGAAAAUAAAGAUGCCCCAAGCUCACCACUGAAAGAUUACAUGAAAGAGACGAAGAAUAACUCUGUGAGACUUAUAUCACCUGUGAGAGUCCAACCUCUUACUCCAAGGAAAGACAACCAGCAAAACAUUCUCAACUCUCCAUUGAAACAAAAAUCUGUGACUCCAAGUAAAGGGAGACAACUGAAUUUAGGUUCACCAUUGAAAGUCAAACCAAUUACUCCCAGGAAGGUUGAAGAGAAUUCACACAGAAAAUCUACACCAUCCCUUAAACUGAAAAAACAAGAUGGACAAUUAUAUCACCAAGCUAAACAGUCUUUCCAUACUGCAAAACCAGAGAGACUCAUCGGGAGAGAUCAAGAAAUGACAGAAAUUUCUGCAUUUGUAAAAGGUCACAUGACAAAGAAAACAGCUGGCAGUAUCUACAUAUCUGGUGCUCCGGGCACAGGGAAGACAGCUGUCCUUACACAUAUCCUUGAUAAUGUACAGACUACACACAGCUGCAAAUCGUUAUAUCUCAACUGCAUGACGCUGAAGGACUCGGCAACAGUAUAUGGCAAACUCUACACAGAUCUGACCGGCAAAUCCCCACCAUCCUCUAAAGACAGACUCAGGGCUAUAGAGAAGCAUUUAACCACAGCUGGACCUAGCAUAAUCAUGGUUUUGGACGAGAUUGACCAGUUAGAUAGUAAAAAUCAGGAGAUUCUCUACACAAUAUUUGAGUGGCCAUCGAUGACCAAAUCCAGACUGAUACUGAUAGGGAUAGCCAACGCCUUGGAUCUGACCGACAGAAUCCUUCCACGACUUCAAGCCAGACCAAAGUGUAAACCACAAUUACUCAACUUCGCCCCUUACAGCAAAGACCAAAUUGCUGCCAUCCUCAAGGACAGAAUUCAGAAGUUGGAGAGUGACGGAGUGGCUGUAAUGGAGAAUAGUGCCAUACAGUUCUGUGCCCGUAAAAUCUCUGCUGUUGCUGGAGACAUGAGAAAAGCUUUAGAUGUUUGUCGUAGGGCAGUGGAGAUGGUUGAAACUGAAGUCCGCAGUCAGCAGGUUCUAAAGUCAAAUUCAACCAUGAACAGUCCAUCUAAGCAACCACCAGCCGUCCCAAAGAAAAUUAGUGUGAUGCAGAUCUCCAAGGUGUUAUCAGAGGUAUAUGGAUCAAGCACGGCCACAUCUGGUCAAGAGAGCAUUCCCCUACAGCAGAAACUGGUUGUGUGUACUCUCCUACUGAUGGUCAAGGAAGGCCGCAUGAAAGAAGUGACCAUGGGAAAGCUGCAGGAUACAUGUACGAAAGUGUGUAAGAAAAGACAGAUGGCCACACAUGAUUCGUCCGAGUUCCAGGGUCUCUGUACUUUAUUGGAGACAAGGGGAAUUAUAGGCAUCAAAAAACCCAAAGAUGGACGACUUGCUAAGGUGUCACUGAAGUUAAAUGAAAAGGAACUAGAACAUACACUACAAGACAAAGUGUUGAUAUCAUCCAUUUUAAAUGAUGGCCUAUAA